AUGAAGAUGCAAGUAGCUCGGUUUUGUUCAGUGGCUUCGACUUCAACCAACCUUCCGAGAACAGUAAGAUCGUGUGUACGUGAGUUGGCGUUGGCAAGACAGUUCGUUGAUGAGGGGAGCAAAACUUCACUGAAAAAGCUAGUAAAGGUUUCUUUAAAGCAGAAGGAGUCUAAUGAGCUAACGUCGAGGGUAGCUGCACUCGGUGCAUUCUUAGCAUUGAAGCAUGAUAGACUAGAUGAUGCUCGCCAAUGCUUGAAAAAGGUUACCAGUUCUCCGCCAAUUGUAAAGUCGUCUUUGGAUGUAAUGUAUUUAGUGAAGAUGAAGGAAGUGAACGAAGCUUUAGAUAUUCUGGAUGACGUGUUGAACACUGAGCAACAAAUUUUCAAUACAGAAAACUCGUCGAUUACUGAUGAUGCGCUUGAUUGCUUGCACGCAGAAAUCACCAAAUCGAAGGAUACUACAGACCAGAUGAGAAGGUUCCGAAAACUUCAGAGACUUCUAACAACCUAUAAGUGUCGAAGCACAAAACCGUUGCUUGAAAUCCUCAAUAGUUCUCUUGAAACCGAUUUCAUAACUGAUGAUCGAGUACUCGGAGAAGAUCUAAUAAGUGACAAAGUUGUGGAAGAUUUUCCACAUUUCUUACAUAAAACUGUUUGA